AGGAUAGCACAGCGACGGCGAGCAGCUUUUUGUUUACAUUCAACAUAAUGGCUACUGAAGCCGUGCUUCAGGUGCUCGGCGACCCGCAGAAGGUGGCGGUAACGCACAACAUAAAGCUAUUUGUCAACCGCCCAAACGUCAGAAGUUGAAGAAGAAAGAGGAAGAAAAGGGAAGAAGAAGAAGAAGAAGAAACGCUGCCCGCGCUAUUUAAGCAUGGACAGGGUUUCGAUCACACAUGUCACUAUGUUGAUAAGCCCAGAUCAGGAGGCCCUGAUUGGCCGGGUGUUUGAAACCUAUCUGACAGAGUAUCAUCAUGGGGACAUUCUCCAUCUUAUUGAAGAUACUACUGAAGAGACCCAUCGCCCUGUUGUUGUUAAUGCCAUGACUUUGUUUGAAGCCAACAUGGAGGUUGGGGACUAUUUCAAUGCCUAUCCCAAUGAUGUCCUGGCUAUAUUUGAUAAAGUGUUACACAGAAAAGGCCUGGAGUUAUCAGAGAGUGCCUCUCCCAAGCACUAUGGAAGACAAAGAACAAAAGAGAGAAUGAGACUCACUCUUCAUGUCCGCAUUACAGGUCUGCCAGUAUGUCCAGAGCUGACCAGAGACACCAUUCCCAGGUCCAGAGAUGUAGGACACUUUCUGUCUGUCACUGGUACUGUCAUACGAACCAGUGUUGCCAAGGUUCUGGAAUACGAGCGUGAUUACAUGUGCACAAAGUGUCGUCACAUUUUCACCGUGCAGGCUGAUUUUGACCAGUUCUAUACCUUUGUCCCACCGGUGGCCUGUCCUAAUCCUGAUGGUUGCAAUUCGUACAAAUUCAGCUGUUUGUCUGGAGGAUCUGAGCCUGCUACCUGCAGGGACUUCCAGGAGAUCAAGAUACAAGAGCAAGUGCAGAGGCUGUCAGUGGGCAGUAUUCCUCGUUCAAUGGUGGUGGUUCUGGAGGAUGACCUUGUUGACAGUUGUAAAUCUGGAGAUGAUGUGACUGUUUAUGGGGUGAUGUGUCAGCGCUGGAAGCCCUUUUAUGAUGGCACUCGCUGUGAUACGGAGCUGGUCCUCAAAGCUAACAACAUAGAAGUGAACAACCAGCAGGCUGCUGCCUCUUUUCUUAUGAACGAUGUUCAGAAAGAGUUCAACGACUUCUGGAUGAGCUACAAACAUGAUCCAAUAGCUGGUAGGAACCAGAUCUUGUUGAGCCUGUGCCCACAGGUAUUUGGCAUGUAUGUGAUUAAACUGGCGGUGGCCAUGGUGUUGGCUGGCGGGGUGCAAAGGAUAGAUUCUUCUGGGACCAAGAUCAGGGGUAUCUCUCUCAUUUCUUAUUUGUUUUAAAUUAAGCAACUGAUACCGCUCUCAAUUUCUACGAUUUCCAAGCCAUAGAAUUACAUAUUUAUUAUGCAAUAUAUUGUCACGGCACAGGUAGUACUGGUCAAAUAAUUUGUUUUAGGUCCAUGGGAUUUAAUUAACACAGGCCAGCUACAAACAGGCCACAAUAUACCUGAAUGCCUUUGUUACUUUAACAAGAAAAGACUGCAGGCCUACCUGAAAUGCCCGUGAGCUCUGCUAGCUUUCCGCCACCGCUCCACUCAGUCCCCACAGUGCUUGAUUUUGAUGUUUGAAAUUGAAAAGCUCAUUUUGAUCGAAUUUAGAAUUUGAAAUCGGGACACCCCUACAACCAAUCAGAAAAAAAUGACAACCUGUGGCCGUGACAAUAUGGAAACUGUGAAAUGUUUGCUGUAUGUUGGUUUGUGUCAUUGGAAAUACUGGCUCUCUGUGGAAUGCAGUGUCUCACUGUGGAGUUAAAGGAUUUUCAACCUGAACUAUUUUCCUAUGUUUUUGUGUGUAAGUGACCG